GCUUUAGAGGGUCUCCAUGAACUUCAAGUGAACAAAACGACGACAACAAACCCCCUCUCUGUAAACCCUAAACCCGAUUCGUGAUCUCCGAUGGCGAGCCUUCGAUGCCUUCGCGAGCUAAGCCGCCGCGCCACGACGGCACUCUCGAUCAACCAGACGCGAUUGAUAUCUUCACUUCCGAGCUUAGAGCCUCGCGGCACCAGCAUUACUCAUGCGACCCCAACUCCGAAUCGAUCUCUCUCUAGAGAUCUCCCAUGGUACACUCGCUCCCAAGGUCGCCAUUUCUCUUCGAAAACAAACGAUACUGAUGAAAGCAGCGAUGGAGAAGACGAUGAUAACGAUGAGGAUUACGAGGAUUCGGCGGAGAUGGAAGUAGAAAGGGAGUAUUCGCCGGCGGAGAAAGUGGAGGCGGCGGCGGAGAUAGGGUACAAGGUGAUGGGACCUCUCAAACCUUCGGAGAGACUAUUCAAACCCUAUGAGCCAGUAUUCGCAGUUGUUCAGAUUGGUUCGCAUCAGUUCAAAGUAAGCAACGGAGACUCCAUCUUCACAGAGAAGUUGAAGUUCUGUGACAUCAAUGAUAAGUUGGUACUGACCAAGGUUCUUCUAUUGGGGUCGGCAAGCCAGACGAUUAUCGGUAGACCUAUCUUGCCAGAGGCGACUGUUCAUGCUGUUGUCGAAGAGCAUGCAUUGGAUGAAAAAGUUCUCAUUUUCAAAAAGAAACGAAGGAAGAAUUACAGGAGAACCACAGGGCAUCGACAGGAAUUGACAAAGUUGAGAAUAACCGAUAUACAAGGAAUUGAGAAACCAGAACCGAAGAUUGUCCAUAAGCCUCCCAAGGCAGCUGAUACAGAGCAACCAGAGGCUGAGCUAGUUGGUUAGGGAGAAGAAUUGCUUCUUCUUCUUCUUCUUUUUUGAUGAUAUCAAUACUUUGAAGUAAGUUCAUCUAAUCAUUCGCCAAUUCUUUUCUGAAGUUUUUCUUAGAUCUUGUCGCUGAAAGAGCAAAAAGGCCUUCUUGGUAGUUAGUGGUAAACUGGUAAUGAGAUAAACGUGAUUGCCUUUAGCUGUCUAGUUCAUCUCCACUGUUUGAUUUUGCUCUUCAUUUGUACUGGAACUGGCUCAGGCUUUGAUACAGAUUGCUUUUGUUUCAGAAUUCACAAAUAAAUAUUUGCGGAAAUAGUGUUUGCACUAUGCUUUUGUGCUGUAAGAUCGUUAUAUUGCCUUUUUCUCUUGACUAUGUUAUUGCUUUUGUUUCA